AGUUCAGUUGUAGAACCUCCGGCACAACUUAACCCUCUUCUCUACCGUUUCCAUUCGAAGUCGCCUUCGCUACGCGGUCAAACGACGACUCGAUUACCUUGGGAGCAGAACAACUACUACUAUAAGCAAAGCCAAAUCCCCUUUGAUUCUGAGAAAGAUCUGAUCUUGUUUGGUUUCUCCAAGGACCAGAGCAGUUUUUUUGCGCGUCUUUGAUCAGAAAAUCUCACCUUUUGCCAUCUGGCGAGCUUUCUCGUGUUUUAGGGGAUGAACAAUUCGGCCGCUGGCACGAGCUCUGGAUCGGGAGAUGUAUCAGCUCCCAGGAGGAAUUCCAACAGGCCAAAGUAUUCCAGGUUUACACAGCAGGAGCUCCCAGCUUGUAAACCAAUCCUUACUCCAAGAUGGGUGAUCUCUGUUUUCACACUUAUUGGCGUCAUCUUCAUUCCCAUUGGUAUUGCAGCACUGCGGGCCUCUACCAAUGUUGUUGAAAUUGUGAAACGUUAUGAUGCCGACUGCAUACCAGGGAACAACACGAAGGCUUAUAGGGUUGCAUACAUCCAGGAUAAAAAUAUUGAUAAAACCUGCAAUAUAACACUCAGGGUACCAAAAGACAUGGAUCCACCCAUUUAUGUCUACUAUCAACUAGAUAACUUCUACCAAAACCAUAGGAGAUAUGUAAAGAGCCGAAAUGAUGCACAACUGAAGGAUCGUGGGAAAGCAAAUGACACAAGUGGUUGUGAUCCAGAAGACGCAUCUAAUGGUUCUCCAAUUGUCCCGUGUGGUCUUAUAGCAUGGAGUUUAUUUAAUGAUACUUACAAUUUUUCCAUUGGGAACCAAAAUUUGACUGUGAAUAAGAGGGGCAUUUCCUGGAAGAGUGACAGGGAUCACAAAUUUGGAAAUGAUGUCUUUCCGAGGAACUUUCAGAAUGGUACCUUGAUAGGCGGUGCUUCACUUGAUGAAAACACACCACUGAGUCAGCAGGAAGAUCUCAUUGUCUGGAUGCGUACUGCUGCCCUUCCAACAUUCAGGAAGUCAUAUGGGAAAAUAGAACAAAAUCUUAGGGAAAAUGAUACCAUAACGGUAACAAUAAAGAACAACUACAACACAUAUAGUUUUAGUGGCAAAAAGAAGUUGGUUCUUUCCACCUCAAGCUGGCUUGGUGGAAAAAAUGAUUUUAUUGGCAUCACAUAUCUCACUAUUGGAGGAUUAUGCUUCUUUUUGGCCAUAGCCUUUACUGGGGUGUACUUGGUGAAGCCUAGGAAACUUGGGGAUCCUUCGUACUUGUCAUGGAAUAGAAAUCCUUCUGGUCGAUAAUAUGUUUUGCAGGUUUUCUAUAUUAAUAUAUUUUGCAUGUAUUAACAAAAAGAUCUCAAUCAGUGCGAUAAAGAUUUGGUUGCUAUGUUUGGUAGGUUUUCUAUAUUAAUAUAUUUUGUGUGUAUUAGCAAAAAGAUUUUACUUAGUGUGUUGUAUAUAUUAGUAAAAAUCAGUUUGUACAAAUUAUUUAUAUGGAAGAAAGUUGUGUUCAGUUA